GGCUGCAUUUCUCAUCCUCUUCUGAAUCAGCACGCAUCAUAAUCACAAAAUUGUCAGAUUUUUCAGGUUUUUAACCAAGGUGGUUACUUAAAGCCGAUGCUUUCCUCGCUGUAUAGUUCAACGAGAGGUCAUGUGGAAAAGAGCCAAGAAGUCAAGACACUACUGAUCCUCUCUAGCGCCACCUCUCAGCCAUGAAGUUGGCUUUGCACGGGCUGGCAGGCACCACUACGAGCACCCUGACGACGGGCGUGCCGUACCUCGGCUCCAAUGACGCGGUCUACGAUGACGGUUCGAGGCUGGCCGAGAACGGAUUCCUCUCUGAGAAAACGGCUUCCAUUAACGCCGCCGCAGCGGCCGCCAAGGAGGUUGUUUUCAGCGCACUUGCACCCGUUCUGCCCACAAACGUCACCGGCCUUCUGCUCGCUAAUGAGAGUGUUGGCGCAGCGCAGUGUGGGGAGAACUUUGCAGACAACAUGGAGUGUUUUAUGAUCCUGACUCCGGGUCAGCAGCUUGCGGUCGCCAUCUUGGCUCUCACGUUGGGGACGUUCACGGUACUGGAGAAUCUGAUGGUGCUGUGCGUCAUCCUGCACUCGCAGACGCUGCGCUCGCGGCCCUCCUAUCAUUUCAUCGGCAGCCUGGCCGUGGCCGACCUCAUUGGCAGUGUCAUUUUUGUCUACAGCUUCCUGGACUUCCACGUCCUACACAGGAAAGACAGCCCGGGGGUCUUCCUCUUCAAGCUGGCGGGCGUCAUCGCUUCGUUCACCGCCUCCGUGGGCAGCCUCUUCCUCACCGCCAUCGACCGCUACAUCUCCAUCCACAGGCCCAUGGCGUACAAGCGCAUCGUGACCAAAACAAAGGCGGUGGCGGCCUUCAGCCUCAUGUGGAGCAUCUCUGUUGUCAUCUCGCUGCUGCCUCUGCUGGGCUGGAACUGUAAGCGCCUCAACUCGGUGUGCUCGGACAUUUUCCCCCUCAUCGACGAGAAGUACUUGAUGUUCUGGAUCGGGGUGACAAGCGUGCCGCUGCUCUUUAUCGUCUAUGCCUACAUGUUCAUCCUGUGGAAGUCGCACCAUCACGCCGUGCGCAUGAUGAGCCGGAGCUCCCAGAGAAGCGUCAUCGUCUACACGGCGGAGGGUACCAAGGUCCAGAUGGUGAGACCCGACCAAGCCCGCAUGGACCUGCGCCUGGCCAAGACUUUAGUGCUCAUCCUGGUGGCCCUCAUCAUCUGCUGGGGCCCGCUGCUGGCCAUCAUGGUGUACGACCUCUUCGGGAAGGUGGACGACUUCAUUAAGACGGUGUUUGCCUUCUGCAGCAUACUCUGCCUGCUCAACUCCACAGUCAACCCGGUCAUCUACGCCAUGAGGAGCAAGGACCUACGCAGGGCCUUCGGCAACAUAUGCGGCUUGUGUCGGGGACGCGCUCAGCCUCUGGACAACAGCGGGGAGAGCGAGGGGAACAGCAGAAGCAUCAGAAGCAAAGAUUGCGGCGCUAACGUGCGAGUCAAAGUGGCGCAAGUGGCAAUUUCUGGAGUGACCGAGUCCACGUCUACUGCGGAUCCAGUGUGAAACUACAGUGGUGUGUCGUUAAUUAGGAUAGACUUCACCCUCCCUACUUUUCACUGUGCCAAAACAACCACAAUAACUCACAGACAGUGAAAUAUAUUGUCGUACAUGCAUAAAUGUAUUAUAAUGAAAGGUGAUAAAGCAUACUUGCCAACCCUCCCGGAUUUUCCGGGAGACUCCCGAAAUUCAGCGCCUCUCCCGAAAACCUCCCGGGACAAAUUUUCUCCCGAAAAUCUCCCAAAAUUCAGGCACACAAUAUAAACAGCGUACCUGCCCAAUGACGUUAUAACUGUAGAAUGAUCGAGGGCGAGUUCUUGGUUUCUUAUGUGGGUUUAUUGUUAGGCAGUUUCAUUAACGUCCUUCCCAGCGCGGUAAUAACACACAACAACAGCAGUCACGUUUUUGUCUACUGUAAAGCAGUUCGUCUGCCGUAAACAGCAAUGUUGUGACACUCUUAAACAGGACAAUACUGCCAUCUAGUGCAUUUGAUGAAAGCACUUUUUGCGUGCCACACAGCAAUGCAUCAUCAGAGAGGGUGUUCAGCAUGGUUAGAAAAAUAGUGACAAAUAGAACAAGGAUGGACAA